AUGAAGGUCAUUAUUCUUCUUCUCGCUCUGUUCGCUGUGGCAUUCGCUGCCCCCAUUGAGGAUGACAAGAUUGUCGGAGGGUAUGAGUGCAGAAAGAACUCUGCAUCCUACCAGGCAUCACUGAAGUCUGGCUACCACUUCUGUGGUGGCUCCCUGAUCUCCAGCACAUGGGUGGUGUCUGCUGCUCACUGCUACAAGUCCCGCAUGCAGGUGCGUCUGGGUGAGCACGACAUUACCGUCAACGAGGGCACUGAGCAGUUCAUCGACUCGGUAAAGGUCAUCAUGCACCCCAGUUACAACAGCCGCAACCUGGAAAAUGACAUCAUGCUGAUCAAGCUGAGCAGGCCCACCUCCCUGAACAGCUAUGUGAGCACUGUGGCUCUGCACUCCAGCUGUGCCAACUCUGGCACCAGCUGUCUGGUCUCUGGCUGGGGCAACCUAUCCGGCAGCAGCAGUGAGUAGCAUUAACAAUAUG